CUGCGCGGGGAGGAGAGCCGUCCCACGGAGCGCCGUCUCGCCGCAGGGUACCCGGCCCCUCCCAACGUCACCAUCAGCAAGCUGCGGUACACGCGGGCGCGCACCGAGGUGCGGCUGCAGUGGCGGACGCAGGGCGCGGGCAACCUGACCGGCUUCGUGGUGCAGCGGCGGCCGGCCAAGAAGCCCCAGCGCCGCGUGCCAGGCCCUUGGGAAACGGCCGCUGGAGACAUCGAGCCGCACUCCCGCGACCGGCGCCUGGGGGGGCUCGACCCCCGCGUGGUCUAUGCCUUCCGCGUCCUGGCUGUCAACCAC